AUGCGUUCCAUUCGAAGCUGGGCCUAUGCCACCUUUCGCAAUGCUGAGGCCUUCUUCUUUGUAUGCAUGGCCUCUCCGGAGGACAUUCAAGCAAAUGCGGAGUACAUUAAAAUGGCCAACAAAAUGGUCAUGGUUCCGGGCGGUUCCAACCUCAACAACUACGCCAAUGUGGAGCUCAUCUUCCAGACGGCCGUUGCUAAUCACGUUGACGUGAGUGAAGUAUCUUUGCCCAACUAUACUGCUGCUGUGAUAGCCAAUAUCGGUUUCAUUAGUUUCUUGAGGCGUAAUCUGUUCUGCACGAAAAAAGUUGAUAAUCCAUGCUUUAAUAACUUCGUCGUUACCUCGCGUUUGAAGGAUGUUGCAUCGUGCGACAGCGAAGUUCAUGUUUUAGUACACAGAACCUGCUGUUGA